CACACGAUUCAUUGCAUUGCCACAGUACAGUGUUUGCAGCGCCGAACAGCGUGAUUUACUACUACAUGUACUCCAUGCGUACGCGCGUAGUAAUGAACGACAAGUCAAACAACCAUACGUUACACAUGUUCAGCAAGGUUUAACAUUGUUUUAAAAACACCUUUAUAAGGAAGGAGAACACCUCUGUUGCUUGAGAUCAUCUACCUCUUAAACUAUACAGCACAGCAGUUGUAUGCACCUGAUGGAAGUGUAUGACUCAUAAACAUCAAGAGUAUAAUAAUAAGGAGGAGCAGUGAACUGAAACAGCAAAAAGACAUUACGGUCUCCGAGCAGACCGUUCGUCAAGAUUCAUUAUGUGGGAUGGGCAAGCAUUGAUCCUGGUUGUCGGCCUAUUCACGGUCCUAGACAUGGGAUGUAUAACAGUGGAGGCAUCAGCCAGCAUGUUUCUCAAGUUACGUUCCUACAGCAAUCCAUCCAGUCGAGAAUCAGAUGGGGAUUGCUGUGAUAACAUCUUCAGUGGAUGCUCAAACACUUGUGACAACAGAUUCUUAAUCUGUGUGCACGAUCUGGAUACAUCAACUCAGAUUCACUUGUGCAGAUAUGGACUCAUCAUCACUGGUGUAGUGGCUGAAGGCAGCGACGUCUUCAACUUUCCUUCCGUCCUCCCAGCGUCAAUUCAAAACCCCAUUCGCAAGAACUUCGGAAGGUGGCCAGGUGGUGUAAGAUUGAAGAUUCAGGUAUGGGAUGACGACAACAAUGCUGAUGAUCAUGUGGAUAAUUUCUUUCAAAACAUGAGGGCAACUCCUGCAUCGAGCAGUAGCACUGCAAGAGCCACUUCCUACAUUCUUAAUGGCCCAGGAUACGCCACAAUGAUAGUUGAAAUGACAGUCUACUGCGAUCCAACAUUCUACGGGCCAGCCUGCACCGUGCAGUGCACCCCACACGACAGUGAUGCCCAGGGUCACUACACAUGUCAUAGUUCGACCGGAGCCAAGAUUUGUAACCCGGGUUAUGCUGGAAGUGUAUGUAAAACCAACAUCAACGAAUGUGCCUCGAAUCCUUGCCUGAGCGGAGACUGUGUUGAUGGUAUUAAUGGAUUCCAGUGUAUCUGCAGCGAAGGGUUUACGGGGCGUUUGUGUGACACGGAUAUUGACGAGUGUUCCAGCUCUCCGUGUUUAAAUUCAGGAUCAUGCACGGAUCAGCCUGGUGGUUAUGUAUGCAACUGCUCGAUUGGAUAUGAAGGAACUCACUGUGAACUAGACAUAAAUGAAUGCUCAAGCUCACCUUGCCUUUAUGAUGGGGUCUGCAUGGAUGAAGUUGGGCAAUUUGUAUGUCACUGCGCUCUGGGGUUCGCUGGCGAAAGGUGCGAGCUCGACGUUGACGAGUGUCUUUCGGUUCCUUGUGCAAACAACGCAACUUGCGAGCAUGGCAUCGGAAACUUCACCUGUGUUUGUUGGGAGGGUUUUGAGGGGAGCCUUUGUGAGGUUGGUGUAGAUGAGUGUGCGAGCGACCCAUGUUUUAACGGAGCUACGUGCUCAGAUUUGGUGAAUCGGUUUCAGUGUAGUUGCAGGGCUGGCUAUUCGGGGGUGAGGUGUGACGUUAACAUUGACGACUGUGCGGAGCAACCGUGUCGGCACGCUGGUACUUGCGUAGAUGGUGUUGACUCAUUCCAGUGUGUUUGUGCCUUAGGGUAUGAAGGUGAAUUGUGUGAUGUUGACAUUGAUGACUGCUCUGGAUCACCCUGUGAGAACAACGGCACAUGCAUUGAUGGAGUUGGUAGCUUUAACUGCUCAUGCGUGGAAGGGUUUAUUGGACAGAGGUGCCAGGAGGAAGUCGAUGCUUGCUUGAGUGCUCCCUGUCGGAACGCAGCCUCCUGUACAAGCACGAGAGGACACUUCCAUUGUGGAUGCCUCGAUGGGUAUACAGGUAUUUAUUGUGAAGAAAACAUAGACGAGUGUCGUGCUCAGCCUUGCUUCAACGAUGCCAUUUGUGUCGAUGGAAUCGCCAGCUUUACAUGUUUGUGUCUUGCUGGAUUCUCGGGUACUGAUUGUGGUAUGGAUGUGGAUGAUUGUGUUGCAAACCCUUGUCUAAAUGGUGCAGUCUGUACUGACCUGGUGAACGGGAUCUUCUGCAACUGUUUGGAUGGUUAUGCUGGUCAGAUGUGCGAGAUCGAUCUUGAUGAAUGUCAGAGCCAGCCUUGUUUAAACGGUGGCAGCUGCCUCGAUGGCGUUGGUCUGUUUCAGUGUACCUGCCUAACAGGCUUCAUUGGUUCCACAUGCGAGACCGAUGUGAAUGAAUGCGAGAGCGAUCCGUGCCAGAACAACUCAACUUGUGAAGAUUCUCCCGCACAUUUUGUCUGCACUUGUGCUCUGGGUUUUGAAGGGGUGCAGUGCGAGUCUGAAAUAAAUGAAUGUGCCACUCAGCCUUGCCGUAGUGGGGCAACCUGUACUGAUAACAUUGGGAAUUUUACUUGUACCUGCCCAGCUGGCUAUGAUGGUCGUCGCUGUGAAACUGAUGUGGAUGAGUGCAAAAGCUCGCCUUGCCAAAACGGCGCAACUUGUACGAACGUCCCAGGUAGUUUUGAGUGUCUUUGUGUGGCUGGAUUCCAAGGAACGUCUUGCCAGGUCGACACCGAUGAAUGUGAAAGUCAACCCUGCUUGAAUGGUGCAAGUUGCAUUGAUCUUGUUAACGGUUACCAGUGUACGUGCACCUUGGGCUAUGGUGGUAGUCUCUGCGAAACCAACAUUGAUGAAUGCUCAAGUAUGCCUUGCCACAACGGCGCAACUUGUGUGGAUGGAUUAAACGUCUUUGAGUGUACGUGUUUGAAAGGUUUCAGUGGUAAUACGUGUCAAACAAAUAUAGAUGACUGUCUAAGCCUGCCUUGUAUGCACGGAGGAACUUGCUUUGACCUGGUCGACAGCUACCAGUGCGGAUGUAGACUUGGAUUCGUCGGUUUAGAUUGUGAGACGAGUGCAGAUGACUGCGGUCACCAACCCUGUAUGCAUAAUGCAACGUGUGUCGAUGGAUUGAACGAGUAUCACUGCUCAUGCUUUGAAGGCUACACAGGAGUCAACUGCGAGUUGAAUAUUAAUGAAUGUGAGAGUCAGCCUUGUUUGAAUGAUGGUUUGUGUGACGAUGGGGUGAAUGGGUUCCACUGUGUCUGUGCCGGUGGCUUCAAGGGAGUUCUCUGUGAGGAGAAUGUUGAUGAAUGUUUGAGUGGUCCAUGUCAGCAUGGAGGGUUUUGUGUUGAUGGGAUCAACGACUUCUCGUGCAUAUGCCCUGUCGUGUUCGGUGGUGACAAAUGUGAGAUUCCACAACCAUGUGCAAGCACACCAUGUAUGGAAGGCUCGACAUGCAUGGAAACAGCAGAUGGGUUUCUAUGUACCUGUGUGGCAGGUUUCACCGGAACCUUAUGCAACGUCCAGGUUGACGAAUGUGCAAGUAGCCCGUGCGCAAACGGAGGUACCUGUUUGGACGAGACAAACGGAUUCGUCUGUGUUUGCUCUGAGGCCUUCAAGGGUGUCACAUGCCAGUUGGCAGCGCUUACCUGCGCAGAGUUGGAAUGUCAGAAUCAGGGUUCAUGUAUGGAGUCAUCGAGUGAUGGUCGACCUUAUUGUCAGUGUCUGGACGGCACAUCCGGUGAACACUGCCAGGUCAAUGUGGACGAGUGUUUCAGCUCACCAUGUUUGGAUGGUGCCACCUGCGUUGAUCUGAUUAAUGGGUACAGGUGUCACAGCCCUGUCACGCCCCUACCCCAUGGAGAUGUCUGCCUAAGCUCACCAUGUGGAGAGACAGGAAGUUGUGUCGCUCUACCUGACGGAUACAGAUGUGAAAUCCAGAGCCGCAUCAGGCUUUGCAGCUCUUCACCAUGUGUCAACGGCACUUGUACUGAAUCAACCAAUCAGGAUUCAUUUCAUUGCUCAUGUGACAGAUUUAUCACCGGGACGUUGUGUGACAAAGUUGAUGAACCCAAAGCUUCUUUCACCUUACAAUUCAACGGACACCCUACACAAACCGCAGUUAUAGCCAAGCGUCUUCAGCGUGUGAUGGAGAAUCGACUCAAAGGCAGUGAUCUUAUUGGACCUGUGGAUGUCACUAUCAUCUCCAUGAAGGAGUCUGUUUCACUUAUCUCAGAUGCCCCGUAUACCACAGUCACUUUCUACGCUAGCGUCAAUGGCACCAUUCAGUCCAACCAGCGGCUCCAGGAUGUCUUUGAGAGUGCGUCAUCACAGGACGUGGCGCUCUUGCUGUCUCCCUAUCAGAUAUUUAAAGAACCUCCUAUGAACGCAGAAAAGGUUCACUCGGAAUCGGGCAAAGAGGAUGAGACAUGGUUGGUACUUCACUGGUACGUCGUUCUUAUCAUUGCUUUGGUUCUACUGGUUCUUAUUCUCCUACUGGUUAUAAGAGGUCUUUACAAGAGACGCAGGAGAGGAGAAUUCAUUCGAUGCGGCAACAUUUCAUCGACCUUCUCCAACCCCGUCUACGCCUCAUAUGCCCCAGCUCAAACUGAAGAGCCCUGCGUUACGUCUAUUGCCGGCCAGACAUUUAUCAGUGGCACCGUUGUCAUGGGUUCCAAUGACUCCCCAGGCAGAGAUGUACGAUUGAGUAACGGAGUAUCGACGAUGUCUACAUUCAGCCCAAGCUGAGUUUCUUUCUACUCACAACCAACAAUUGUACAGUAUUGUUUCUGUCAAAGUGUCUUCCAUUUAUAGAGGGUGGGGUCACAGCCAACUCUGUAGUCUCUUUUCUCCUUUGUUACUAAGCCUGUGUCAAAAUAAAUGGCUACAAGUUCGGUUUGAUCAUCAGAUGAACAAUGGUUGAAGCUUAAAGAUGUCCAUAGCACCACCCUUGGCAGGGUUUGCCCUUAACCCUUUCAGUGACUGGCCAGCAGCACCAGUUAGCAGCUGUCGAUUUCAUCAAACUCUU